AUGGAUGUUUACUCACUAACUCGGAAAAAGAGACCUUCACACCUUACACUUGCGCAGCCGUCCUCUUCCUCCGCUGCUUCAUUACAACAACAACUUCUACAGUCGUCUUCAACAUCAGCUGGAGAUACCGAUUCAGCUGUAGAUGUGUCAUUAACAACAGCGAACGAUAGUACGACCGCCAUAAAUUCUACCCGCUCACCUCUUAGUUAUACCUUUGACGAAGUGGUAGGCUCACCGUCUCGCGACCACUGGAGGCCUGACUAUGAAGCAGAUCGUUGUCAUUACGCAAAGUGUUCAGUUCGUUUCGGCUUAUUUGACCGUAGACAUCAUUGUCGAAAGUGUGGAGAAAUCUUCUGUUCCUUCCAUUGUUCCAACUAUUUCCGUUUGGACCAGUUUGCGCAAUUUCAUCCGAAGGGCGUUUUAUCAAGAGGUUGUAACACUUGCGCAGUAGAGUAUAAACAAUGGCAAGAUGAACUACGGAGACUAGAAAAGAAGCAAGCAAUGGCAUCUUCGCCGUCGUCUGCAACGAUCAGAAAGAACACUAAAGCGGAACAGCAACAACAUCAGCAACAGACAAACUCAUUAAAGAGAGGUAGAGGAACGAGGCAUGCCGGUAUCAUGGCUCAGCAGCAACCUCAUGGUAUGGAAGGUGUUACGGAACUUGGCAGGGAUGAUAUUGUUACGCCACUUAAAGCGAAUGCCUCCAGAGGUGUUUCCAUCAAUUCAAAAGACAAGACAAAAGAUUCCGCUUUCAACCCUAUUCCCUCAGUCCCUGCAGACUGGCAAUGGUCGACAUUCUAG